GGAGUGCAGUGUAAUGGAACAAUAUCGUCAGCAGAUGCUGCAGCUGAAUGGGUUUCAGCAAUCAAGCAGGCGCUUAUGCCUGUCAAAUCUCAGUUAAAUACAUGCGCUACACCUGAAGAUGUACAAUGUGACAUGGCCCAGUUGAAUGGAAAAUUGAUCUUCAUACAUAUAUUUUUGCUAAAAAAAUUAUUUUCAGCUGUAACGGGUCAUUUUGGGUCAAAAAUUCAAAAUGAACAAGAAUUUUCACAGCUCUAUCAAAUAUUUGCCGAUGAGAUACUUGGCUCGGGUCAAUUUGGAACUGUUUAUGGUGGUAUUCAUCGAAAAAGUGGGAAGCAAGUUGCUGUGAAAGUGAUUGACAAAUUGAAAUUCCCAAGCAAUAAAGAAGCGGCCUUGCUAACCGAAGUUGAUAUCCUACGAAAGGUUCAUCAUCCGGGAGUUGUUGGCUUCCAAGAAAUGGUGGAAACACCUGAGAGAAUAUUCGUAGUAAUGGAAAAAUUAAAGGGCGAUAUGUUGGAAAUGAUUUUAAGUAGUGAAAAGGGGCGACUGUCAGAACGGAUAACUCAAUUCCUCGUUUAUCAGAUUUUAAUUUCUCUUCGAUAUCUUCAUAACAUGAAUAUCGUUCACUGCGAUUUGAAACCUGAGAAUAUAUUGCUGACCUCAGAUGCCGAUUUUCCUCAGCUAAAAUUAUGCGAUUUCGGUUUCGCCCGUAUUAUCGGUGAGCGUAGCUUCAGGCGAUCCGUGGUUGGCACUCCAGCUUACUUAGGCGACUCCUUAAAAAUACGUCUCAGUGAUGCAAACUUUAUUUUAGCUCCUGAGGUUUUGAGGAAUCAAGGAUUCAAUCGUUCAUUGGACAUGUGGUCAGUUGGUGUAAUUGUUUAUGUAAGUUUGUCAGGAACAUUUCCAUUUAAUGAAGAUGAAGAUAUCAACGACCAAAUUCAAAAUGCUGAAUUUAUGUAUCCACCCAACCCAUGGAGAAAUAUAACUGCGACAGCUAUCGAUUUUAUUAACGGUCUUUUGCAAGUUAAAAUGAGCAAGAGACUGACUGUAAUGAAAGCUCUGAGUCAUGACUGGCUUCAGAAUUAUCAUUUAUGGUCAGAUCUGCGGCGCUUGGAAAAGGAGGUUGGUGAACGCUUUUUGACGCACGAAUCCGAUGAUGCGCGAUGGACGGAAUACGAAAAAUCUGCUGGCAUAAAACCCGAAUAUCUGUAA